AUGUCGUCCGUCGUUGACAUGCUUCGCCGCCAGCAGCCGCGGCCAGCCGCCACGUCCUCCACCGCCGCUGCCCCCGACGUUGUCGUCCCUUCUAGUGUUGCCAGCGCGAUUGCCAGGGAGGCGCCGGCCGAUCCAGCGCCACGCGCCACCACCACCACCGCAGCAGCAACGCACGCGCGCAGCUCUCAACCCAAAGCGCGCUCCUCGACCCCAUCGUCCUCGUCCGCCGCUGCGUCCUCGUCGUCCUCCGCUGCGUCCGAUCCCGCGCAAUCGCCCUUGUCUGCCAACGCCGCCCUGCUGGCCACUCUGCCGUGGGUGGAGCGGUUUGCCCCUGUCGCCGCAGCCGAGCUCUGCGUGCACAAGAAACGCAUUGAGGAAGUCGAGGCUUGGAUCCAGAUAGCAAUCCAACAAGCUGGCCGAAGAGCCGGAGCGACCAAUGGAAAGGCGCACAAAGUGCUGCUGCUGACUGGCCCACCUGGUGCCGGCAAGACCGCCCUCAUUCGCUCGCUGGCCAGUAGUCUUCGCUUUGAGAUUUGCGAAUGGGUCAAUCCAGUUCGUGAAUCGUGGAAGCAUUCCAUGGCAUCUGCCAGCACCGCUGCAAUGUUGUCAGCGUCUGGUACUUCCGAAGAGCGGGCCAGCAACCAAGAGGCCAAUCUCUCAACCGUUGUCGCGUUCCAAGAGUUUUUGGGCAGGUCGGAUCGAUACAACACGGUCGCUGUUGAGGCCAACCAGACAUCUACCACAUCGUCGAAUGCAGGAUUGCUUGGCGUGUUACCAACCGUGGGUCAGGCGGACGGCAGUUCCCCUUCCAACCUCGGAAAGGUAAUUCUCGUCGAGGACAUGCCGCACCUGGUCCCGAGUCAGUAUGCAUCGUUCCAUGACGUCGUAAGAAAUGCUGCGGCCCAUGCCCGAUAUCCAGUGAUUUUCAUUAUUUCCGACACCCGCAAUGGCGAGUCGGAAGUAAGAAAUUUGUUUCCCCUGGAUGUCCUGGAGACAUUACCCGGCUACAAUGCGCCUCGAGUGCAUCGGAUAUCCUUCAAUGCCGUCUCACAGACGGCAUUGGUCAAGGCGAUCACACGUGUGCACCAGCUUGCGCUCCGGUCGAGCUCGAUUCUCGAAGUGCCCCAGUUGGACAAGAGCGAAAUUGCUACUCUGGCCCUCACCAGCAGCGGCGACGUUCGUGCUGCCAUCAAUGCUCUUCAAUUUUACUGCUUGGAGCAAAAGGUGCUUCAGCGUCGGCGUUUUGCUGAAAUGGAAACGUCCAAGACUCGUCAGGUUGAACCCAACUCGAAUGGGAGAUCCACCAGCACAGGAACCAAACGGUCUCUCCAGGAAGAGAACGCCUCUUCAGAAGUGCGACUGGACCGCCACAGCAAAGUACGCAUCAUCACGCGCAAAUCUGGUGGCGCGAAAUUCAGUCCGGACUCGGACGCGGAGGACUGUGUUGUGAUUGACGACAGCGAUGACGAAACCACGCAAGAUUUCAUCCCCGCAAGAAAGAUCGACGACAAUCCUGAAGACCAAAGCACGCUGGAUGGCUCGGAUGAUGACGCAAGUGGCGACAAUGAAAGCACAGAGCCAGGUUGGCUCAAACGAAAUGCCCCUGGAGCUCGGCGACCUCUUGCCAAACAGAUUCCAGAUGCCAAAGACCUCAGUGUAGCCGUUGUUGCCGCUCCAACUUCUUUGCUUGCGACUGGCCGCGAUACCUCAUUGUUUCUAUUUCACGCGCUUGGCAAAAUUCUGAAUUGCAAACGAGGCCCGGCUUGCCUGCCAAUGGAAGAACUGCUCACAACCGAGUCAAACAGGCGGCGAGAACUGCUGAUGAAUCCAGAGGAGGUGAUUGACCAAACACACGUCAGUCCAGAACUCUUCGUCGCCUAUCUACACCAAAAUUACUCCGAGUUUUAUGCCGAUCUGGACGAUAUUUCGCACGCGGCAGACCACCUGAGCGACGCGGACUUGCUCCUCGGUGGCUGGCGAAACAAAGAUUCGCUGCAGUCCCACGCUUCGCUGGUCGCAGCUCGUGGCAUUGCAUAUGAGAGACAGCACCCUGCCCCCCAAUCCUGGCGACCCCUACACAAGCCUGAAUGGUUUGCUUCUGUUCGUGCGCAGCGCACUAGUCGCGACACGUUUCGGUCGCUCUUUCUCGUACCGCGCGCCCUAUCCCAGGGCCUUGAUGCCGAUUCGCCUACACCUUUCCAUAUGCUACCCGUGCGAUCUGUCAUCACCGAAUUGUUGCCGAUUGUCGGUCGAUUUCCGGCACCAAGGACUGGUUUGAAUCCACGGCAAAUGUCGUUUUUGCACUUUUUCGCCAGGUUCACGACGGGAGGGAGGGCGACGAUUGCCAAGUUGGAUGAGAACGAUAACGACGAGCGAGAUGAGCCGCCCGUCGAUCCCACAGCGUUGGUUGCGGCCAGCUCAAGUUUAGCAUCAGCACCAGCGAUCCCGCCACCAAUAACAGAGUCGUCUACGCGGCAAACGGCCACGGUUAACGCUCCAUUGUACAUGCUUGACGAUGACAUUGAAGAAUUCGAUUGA